AAUAGAUUUUCAGUAGAUCAGUAGAAUGUAAAUGCAGCUUUGCAGUAUUUCAUUGAUUCGUUGUUGGUCAAUGACGGCUUUUGGACUUCAAGUUGAUGACAAAUAGACGAACGUGAAUCAUUUUUGUUACUGAAAGUGUUGGUUAAACAAGUAAAUAAAUAAAAUGUCUUCGAUGAGGAUGAAAGCAGCUAAAUGUCCUUCGGAUGAACUUGCUAUCACAAACUGUGCAUUGAUUAAUCCUGAUGAUUUUCCCAGUGAUGUCAAGCAUAUCGAAGUGUCCACUGGCUCCUCCCAGCAUUUUGUGUUCAGCAUCAAGUUUUACAGUGGUGUUGACCGUGGUACAGUAGGUUUCUCAGCCCCACAGAGAAAAUGGGCUACACUUUCAAUUGGUCAGACAAUUGAUGUGAAGCCCUUUAAGCCACAGAGUGCUGAAUGCCUUUGCCAUGUGACUAUAGAGGCAGAUUUCAUGCAGAGGAAAGUUACUUCGUUGGACCCAUAUGAUUCAGAGCAAAUGGCACGAGACUUUCUGAUUCAGUUUUCUAAUCAGAUAUUCACUGUUGGUCAACAAUUAGCAUUCUCAUUUCAAGACAAAAAGGUUUUGUCUUUAGUCAUCAAGAAUUUGGAAGCUGCGGAUGUACAAGCAUUGGCGGCGGGCAAGAACGCAGUGCCACGGCGCGUCAGAAUGGGCCGUUUACUGCCCGACUGCAAUGUGCAGUUCGAUAAAGCGGAGAAUUCGUCGCUCAAUCUUGUCGGCAAAGCCAAAGGAAAGCAACCUCGGCAGUCCAUUAUAAACCCGGAUUGGGACUUCGGCAAAAUGGGCAUCGGCGGUCUGGAUAAAGAGUUUAACGCUAUAUUCAGGAGAGCUUUCGCAUCUCGAGUGUUCCCACCAGAAGUAGUUGAACAAUUAGGUUGCAAGCACGUCAAAGGUAUUCUCUUGUACGGCCCACCUGGUACGGGUAAAACUUUGAUGGCUCGCCAAAUCGGCAAAAUGUUGAAUGCGCGCGAACCGAAAAUUGUGAACGGACCCCAAAUAUUGGACAAAUACGUUGGCGAGAGCGAGGCCAAUAUUCGGCGUUUGUUCGCCGACGCUGAGGAAGAGGAGAAGAGGUGUGGUCCCAACAGUGGUCUCCAUAUAAUCAUAUUCGAUGAGAUCGACGCCAUUUGCAAGUCCAGAGGUUCCGUCGGUGGCAACACUGGAGUUCAUGACACUGUAGUCAAUCAGCUGCUAUCCAAGAUUGAUGGUGUCGAUCAACUGAACAAUAUCCUCGUAAUCGGUAUGACGAAUCGACGCGAUAUGAUUGACGAGGCGUUGAUGCGACCCGGUCGACUCGAAGUCCAGAUGGAAAUCGGAUUGCCAGACGAGGCUGGCAGAGUUCAGAUUUUGAACAUUCAUACUAAACGUAUGCGCGAAUACAAGAAGAUCGCUGAAGAUGUAGACUGCAAGGAACUCGGAGCUCUUACUAAGAACUUUUCUGGCGCUGAAAUAGAAGGUUUGGUUCGUGCGGCGCAAUCUACCGCAAUGAAUCGGUUGAUCAAAGCUUCAAGCAAAGUGGAAGUGGACCCUGAAGCCAUGGAGAAGCUGAUGGUGGAACGAACGGACUUCUUACAUGCCUUAGAAAAUGAUAUCAAACCAGCGUUCGGUACAGCGGCGGAAGCGCUGGAACAUUUCUUGGCCCGAGGCGUCAUCAACUGGGGCACUCCGGUCUCUUCCUUGUUUGAAGACGGACAACUGUACAUUCAACAAGCCAGAGCUACCGAAGCCAGUGGUCUAGUGUCAGUUCUACUGGAAGGGCCGCCCAACAGUGGGAAGACGGCCCUGGCGGCCCAGCUGGCCAAGCUCUCAGACUUCCCGUUCGUGAAGGUCUGCUCGCCCGAGGAUAUGGUCGGCUUCACCGAAACCGCGAAGUGUUUGCAGAUCAGGAAAUACUUCGACGACGCGUAUCGCUCGAGUUUGUCGUGCAUUCUAGUGGACAAUAUCGAAAGACUACUGGACUACGGCCCCAUUGGCCCGCGGUACUCCAAUCUGACACUGCAAGCGUUACUGGUGCUUUUGAAGAAACAACCACCCAAAGGCAGAAAACUACUCAUCCUAUGCACUAGCAGUCGUCGUCAAGUUCUCGAAGACAUGGAGAUGUUGUCAGCGUUCACGGGAGUAUUGCACGUGCCGAAUCUGUCGCAGCCGGAGCAUGUAAUGGCCGUAUUGGAGGAGAGCGAUGCAUUCUCCAAGCGGGAUCUGGCCAAGAUACAGCACGAUAUAAGGGGCGCCAAGAUAUUCAUCGGAAUCAAAAAGCUUUUGGCUCUAGUCGACAUGGUGAAACAGACGGAGGAAGAAUACCGGGUGUCCAAGUUCCUCACCAAGAUGCAGGAAGAGGGUUGCCUAGACCUCGGCACUACCAUACAAUAAGAAUCGUUGCAACCUUAGGGAUUACAUGCCACUAUCACGCCCUCACCAGAUCACUCCACUACUCACUUGCCAAAGAACCACAUCGCCAAAGCUACGGAAUGCUCGCCGUGCGCUUCCGACCUCAGAAGCUACGAGAUCGAUUACGAUGAACUCAGCGAAUGCACAGAAUCAUCGCUCGAUAUCAGCCAUCACAAGAAAGGCAUGACCGCCAAAAGGAACGAAAUAUCACCAGCCAAAAUGCCUCUAAUGAGAAUACGGAGCGUCGAAAUAGUGUUCGAAGACGAAAUGUCCGCUUGCACCGACACCGCUUAUUUGGACAGGAACAUCGAACUCGUCACAUCCGACAGCGACGAUUCUACGAAAUGCGUCGAUGAUAUUGAAAAUAUGCAAGGGGAGGAUGGCGGAGACGAAGAUUCCGUUACCCUCAACCCUGAAGGUGACUUGUCUGAAGAUAAUUCGGAUUCGCUAACCAACAUACCUAUCAUAGAAGAAGCGCCGACUACGGAUAACUCGCAGCAAGGCCGUCCGGAUACGGACGACACCAAUGUGCCGAGUGAUUGCGCGACUUUAGCCUUGGACGACGCGACGUUUUCCUCUGUCAACAUAUCAGAUUCGGGUCGUUUUACUGACGAUCCGUGCUCAUCUCAUAUGGAAACUGUCCCCGUAUUGUCGUGCGAAGACGCUUUUCUGUCGAGCUCUUUCGAUGCCAUCGCCGUUGAUGACGCCACUACGUUGAAAUCCAACGAAUUCAGCAGGUUCAAGGAAACUGAAGGUAAGCUGUUUGAAUACAUUGAUAGCAACAGUGACAGUUCAGAUAAUACUGCUGUGUGCGAUGUGGAUUUAUCACCAAUGAAAAUCUUAACACCUGUCCGCGAUCUCGUCGCCGAAGACGAUAACACACUUUGCGAAAGUUCCGACUUACAAUACGACUCUUUUAUCGAUAUGGGAAAAUUUUGAUCAGUAUCUCUUGUUAGUUUUUAAUCUUGUAUGCAAUAAUGUACUACGCUUCUAUGUUUAAAGUGCAAAUGUAAUAAUGCAUGUGUGAUAAUUUAUUGGUUAAUUAUGAUUGUAAAAUAAAACAAUGUAUGAUAUAUUUUCUCAAUCCAACGAAUUCCGUAAGUUUUGGGUUAUUUUUAUCGAACAUUUGUAUUAACUGACUACUUUGUUAUCUGCGAUCUGAGCUAUUUGGACCUCUUAUACGUUGUUUACACUGCUUUUGCACAGGGGGCGCGGUAGUGUAUGGCUCUCGUAACCAUGUCAUAUUACCAGAUAUUUUGUAGAGAAAAUUGAAAUUGUGUAUAUUCACUUCUGUAUAUAAUGUUUCUCCUAUGGUCUAGAGAUACGGCGUAUGAACUAUGACAUGGUUACAGAAAUCCCGGGGUUGUAUGACUAGGCAAUAGCUCAAUUUCUCUACGAUAUUUCUAUAUUUUUAUAGAGUUAU